UUCACUAGUCAGAUUAGUGCAUCGAAGCUCUGCUUCUGAGCAUCUACAAUUUGGAAAUUACGGAUGAUCAGGGACACAGCAAGAUCUUGUCUUUUACAAUUCCAUCCUUAUCAAAGCCAUCUGUGUUUCACGAGCCAUCCAGCAUAGGAUCAAUGGCAUUAACAGAAGGCGCUCUAUCACAGCAUGGAUUAACCAGGGUUGUGUACAGUGGGCCUAAUCCCCAAAGAGAAAUGCUAACUGCUCAGAACAGAUUUGAAGUGCUGGCAUUUCUUCUACUUUGUUAUAAUUCUGCCUUAAACUUCAUGCCAUCUCUUUCACUCCGAUCCCUGUGUCAAAUGUCAUCAAGACUUUGCCUCAGUGGAUAUCCUCGCCAACAUGCAAGAAAAUUCAAAGGCGUGAAGAACAGAAUACCGGUUUCCUCUGAGUUUAUGGUCCAGCUUCUUACCGGAAUUUACUACUCAUUUUAUAAUGGAGAAUGGGAUUCUGCACGUAGGGCACUGGAUGAUGUUCUGUACAGGGCACAGCUGGAACUGUUCCCAGAGCCUCUUCUGGUUGCAAAUGCAAUAAAGGCUUCGUUGCCUCAGGCUGCUAUUAAGGGAACUAAGGGAGGUGCUAAAAGUAUACAGGUUGAAAUUGCUCCAACCUCAUCUAGGAUAUCUAGAAAUGCUGUCACCAGUAUGUCUAUAAGAGGACACAGGUGGAAGCGUAAUGACUCUGCAGAGUUGACCCUACCAGAUGAGCUGUCUGAAAUAGCAGAGGUGGACGAAGGUUUCUGUUCCAGGGCAGCCUCAAGCUCAAGCCAGUCGGCCAUGUCUCACAGCAGCAGUGGUAGCUUCAGUAGGCCGCCUUUGGGUAAAGCCCAGAGGAGAUCUCUUGGAUCCAGGGCCGGGGGUAAAGAAAGGGAAUCUACAGGGGAUCCUUGCCGUGAGCAUCUCAACAGGAAGCAGAAUCAAAGAGCCAUGAGUGAGAAUUUAGAGCUAGUAUCUCUAAAGAGGCUGACUCUGACAACUAGCCAGUCACUCCCUAAACCUGGAAGCUAUAGUCUUGCACGGACUGCAACAGCUGUAUUCAGUAAAUCAUUCGAACAGAUGAGUGGGGCAGCUCCUAUACACAAUGUCACAGGUGUCAACACUGCUGGCUCAGGCACUAAUGUGGAAACCAAUAGAUUUAGUGCUUGCAGUCUACAAGAAGAGAAACUGGUGUACAUCUCUGAAAGAACUGAGCUUGUUGUGCCUGGCAAAAGCCACCAGAGAUCCCCGAGUAUCUGCAUUACUCUAUCUACUGACUAG